UGGCCGGCGCUGCUCGCCCGCCUCGAGUCCGCGUCCCGGGCCCUGGCGGCCGGCGAGCAUGGAGGAGAAGUACCUGCUGGAGCUGAUGGCGGAGAAGGACUCCCUGGACCCCUCCUUCACGCACGCCCUGCGGCUGGUGAACCAAGAAAUAGAAAAGUUUCACAAAGGAGAAAGCAAGGACGAAGAAAAGUACAUUGAUGUGGUGAUUAAUAAGAACACGAAGCUGGGACAGAAAGUGUUGAUUCCUGUAAAACAGCUCCCUAAGUUCAACUUUGUGGGAAAACUUUUGGGGCCACGUGGCAAUUCUCUGAAGCGCUUGCAAGAAGAAACCUUGACAAAAAUGUCCAUCCUUGGAAAAGGCUCCAUGAGAGACAAGGCAAAGGAAGAAGAGUUGAGGAAAAGUGGAGAAGCAAAGUACUUUCACCUCAAUGAUGAUCUCCAUGUUCUGAUUGAAGUGUUUGCCCCGCCAGAAGCCUAUGCCUGGAUAGGACAUGCUCUGGAGGAAAUCAAAAAGUUCCUCAUUCCAGACUAUAAUGAUGAAAUCAGGCAAGCACAGCUCCAGGAAUUAACAUAUUUGAAUGGUGAUUCAGAAAAUGCAGAUGUACCAGUUGUUCGAGGGAAACCUACCUUGCGUACAAGAGGUGUACCAACCCCAGCAAUAACCAGGGGAAGGGGAGGAGUCGCGUCCCGGCCAGUGGGAGUCGGGGUACCACGAGGGACGCCAACUUCCAGAGGAAUCCUUUCCACCCGAGGGCCAGUGAGUCGAGGAAGAGGACUUCUCACUCCCAGAGCAAGAGAUGUCCCCCCAACUGGGUACAGACCUCCACCGCCGCCCCCAACACAAGAGACCUAUGGAGAUUAUGACUAUGAUGAUGGAUAUGGCGCUGCUUAUGAUGAACAGAGUUAUGAUUCCUAUGAUAACAGCUAUAGCGCCCCAGCCCAAAGUGGUGCUGAUUACUAUGAUUAUGGACACGGACUCAGUGAAGAGACUUAUGAUUCCUACGGGCAAGAGGAGUGGACAAACUCAAGACACAAGGCACCCUCGGCAAGGACAGCAAAGGGCGUCUACAGAGACCAGCCAUACAGCAGAUACUGAUUGUACUGUCUGAUGUUGUGACAUAGCCAGUCUCCACCAGUCCUGUAUACUGUUCAAAGUAAUUGUUUUCUAUGAACAAUCCCUUUUUAAAUAAAUCAAAAUGCUUAACAUCUGAAUGGAUGGAAUUUAAAAUUACUUUGUUGAAACAUCAACCUGGGCAGGAAAAAAAACAA